UUUUUUUUUUACAUAAAUAGAAACAUAAUGACCUUAAAUUUAUAUUACUGAUAGAAAUAGAGAGUACGCUAACUACGACAGGAAUCACCAUGUCCCAGCUGGGACCCCAGCGAGUUCUGCCGCAGGGCAAAGACAACCUACUCAAGUCAUACUUGCGACAUCUUCAUCGAGAUGUGCAGUCUAUUCAGGAUAACUUCACAGAAAUACUGAAGCUGGCAAAGGUGGAGGAGGAGACACAAGUGGCGAGACAGACCCAGGGGGAACAAGAGCAAAAUGAGAUGCAUGUCCGAGCAGCAAACAUUGUCCGUGCUGGUGAGUCGCUGAUGAAACUUGUCUCGGACAUCAAGGAGUUCCUCAUCCUGAACGACUUUCCGUCGGCCAACGCUGCCAUCGGCCAGAGGACCCAGUUCCUGCGCAACAUCCAAGCAGAAGUGGACAGCAAGAUCAUGCAGCUGAAGGACGAGCUUUCCUUGAAUCUCUAUGAACUGGAGGAAGAGUACUACUCGUCCAGAUACAAAUGAAAAA